AUGAAUCCUCCAUAUAUUCGUAUAACUCUUCCUUCGAAUAAAAAUAUGCAACUACUUGCACCAAUCAAACAGUCAAUAUUACAACAUUCAGGACUACACUCAUCUGGCCAGAUUGAGCAGAUUAAUUCAAAUUCUGCAGCUAGUAUUUCAUCUGGUUCGUCUUCUGCAUUACAAGUUGACGAAAUAUCAGGAGUACCAUUAUGCUCAUUGAAUAUUAAUCAACAAACUUUGCAACAAACAUGUUCCUCAGUAUCGACACGCCAAGAAACAUGCAAAAUAUUUACCAUGGCUGAAACUGAUUCACCAGCAAAAAAUGUUGUACAAUGUGAUACCAUAUCAGAUAUGGAUCAAAAGCAAAUUAAACGUGGAAAAAAUUGGUCUGAAGAAGAAACAGCAACUUUUAUUAGCAUCUGGAGUGAUAAUUAUGAAAGUUUAAUGACUGGUGGAUCAAGAAAUACUCCAAUAUAUAAUACUAUGGCACAUCAAAUCAACCAACUGUUUUCUCAAAGAGUCAUGACAGGAGCUGAUGUCAAGGCAAAAAUAACUAAUCUUGUUGCCGAAUACAGAAAAAAGAAAAAAGAACACGGUAAAACAGGCAAUAGUUCAUCUUCAUGGCGAUAUUUUGAUCAAAUUGAUAAGCUGCUCGGUGAACGACCAUUUAAUGAUGAUACUCUCAUAUCUGAUUCAAUAAUUUUUCAGCCAGAACAGCUUCUUCAAGACAUUGAAAACGCUUCUGCUACUGAUUUUAAUUUUGAUUCAUUGACUGAAGAUGCUGACAAUAACAUUUCUAAUUUAAUCAAAGAAAUUGAAGAAUCUACAACUAAUUCGGAUAAUAGAUCAUGUUCCUCGAUCAAUCCAUGUAAUUCAACACCUAUACAGAAAGUUACAACCGUGAACACACCUCCGUCAUCAAAUAAAAAAAACUUAAUAUCAAAAAAAAAAGAAAAUAAUAGAUAUGCGUAUGGAUCUCAUACAGCAAAUGAUAAGUAA